GGGGCUGAGCCUGGAGGCCGGGGCGGGACGGCCUCGGCGCAACGCCCGGAGUGGCGGUUGUUUCAAGAUGGCGGAUGUGGCGGCCCCCUCCUUUCCGAGCGCUGCGGCGUUCUGGAGCCGGGACUUUUCUGAUGAAGAACAAUCAGUUGUAUAUGUUCCAGGAAUUACUGCAGAAGGAAAUACCAGAUCAAGACACAAGUUGAUGAGUCCAAAAGCUGAUAUUAAACUUAAGACUUCCAGGGUGGCUGCUGCUUCAAUCUCCAUGGAGUCUUUAAAAGGUGCAGGAGAUUCAGUAGAGCAACAGAAUUUCUUCAAGGGAGGAAUAAAGAGUGCAUCAUUGAAGGAUUUAUGUCUUGAAGACAAAAGACGCAUUGCAAACUUAAUUAAAGAACUGGCCAGAGUAAGUGAGGAAAAGGAAGUAACAGAAGAACGAUUAAAAGCUGAGCAGGAAUCAUUUGAGAAGAAGAUCAGACAGUUGGAAGAACAGAAUGAACUUAUCAUCAAAGAAAGGGAAGCUCUUCAGCUACAAUAUAGAGAAUGCCAAGAACUUUUAAGCCUCUAUCAGAAAUAUCUAUCAGAACAGCAGGAGAAGCUCACCAUGUCACUCUCAGAACUUGGUGCUGCUAAAAUGCAAGAGCAACAGGUAUCCAAUAGGAAAAGUACUCUUCGAUCUUCAUCUGUGGAAUUGGAUGGUUCCUACUUGAGUGUAGCCAAACCACAAACAUAUUAUCAAACUAAGCAAAGGUCUAAGUCUGCAAACCAGGACUCAGCUUCAGAAUCCCUUAUGGAGUUUAGGAAUAAUUCUUUGAAACCAGCAGCGCUUCAUCAUCCCAGCGAGAGUUUAGACAGGGUGCCAUUGGAGACCAGAAAAUUUAAUUAUUCAUCUCCAAGGAGAAAACCAGUGGAUGUAGCCCCUAAAGAGAAAGCUUCACCAGAAGAGCUGAAGAUGAAAGAAUGUCCAGACCUUAAGCCUCCAUCUAGUCAAUGUUGUGGUCAUGGACUUUCUGAAAAUGCAGGUCAUGUUCAUGAGAGCCAUCCUACAAACAUGGCCCCUUGGUGUUCCAGUACACAUCCGGAAUCAUGUAUUUAUUGUGGGCUUUCCUGGGCAUCUCUGAUGCAUGGUCGAGGGGCACUGCAUCCCAGUGAAACUGAUGUCAAAAAGCAAUUGUCAGAAGAUAGAAGGCAGCAACUUAUGCUUCAGAAAAUGGAGCUGGAAAUUGAAAAGGAGCGCCUUCAGCAUCUGUUGGCCCAACAGGAGACAAAGCUUCUCUUAAAACAGCAGCAGCUUCACCAGUCUCGACUGGAUUACAAUUGGUUAAAAACUAAAGCUAUGUUUAAAUCGAGAGACAUGGCUGUUGAUGAAGAGCUUACUAAACCUCGAAAACUCAGUCUGGAUAUGAAUGGGAGUGACUCUGGACCAAGUUUAUUGAAGUCAAAACGUGACAGCUGGCUGCUUCAAACAUCACCAUCCAUCAAAAAGUUCCAAGAAUCCACUAGCAGUGGAGAGAAUAGGAGGGAGAAGAAAACAGUUGAGUUUCAGUCAGAGAUGGAUGAAGAUGCCCUAUGGACAUGUCAAAAGAAGGAUACAUGUAGACCCCAAAGAGGCAGCAAACUAUACGAAUUAUUCAGCAGUGAGUAUGGUUAUAGACACAAAAUAAUGUUCAUGGUGAGUAAAGAGGGCAAGAAAUUGAACAUAAAUUUCUCCUGGUAAAGUAAACCCCAACAUCUGUAGUAUGUCUUUAAUUAACAGGAAAUAUAGGGGAAGGUUGAGCAGAGGCCAUGGAUAACUCCAUAUUGUGACUAAAACAAAACCUCAAAAGUCUUAGGCAUAUGUUCCCUAGCCAGUAAUACUUCCCAUUUUAUUUGCUGCCGAUUAUUUUAAAAGAAAUCAGUUAUAGAUAACUGCAUGAGAUGUUGAGUGACAAAGUCACAUUUAAUUGUGUUUCCCAGUUGUUCCCAGAGUGACUUUUGGCUUAAUCUAUCCUGGUAUCCUUUAGGGAAGGACUUCAAAACAGAAUGGGGCAAAUCUGAGCUUCAUUGUGCAGAAGAGAUGUACAAGAAACAAAGGACCAAGAAAGGUCUCUGAGCCUCUUCUGCCAGCACCUCUUUCCCAGCCAUCUUUCUUUCCUGUCACCGCUAUUAACCCUAAUUUCUUUCUUUUUUAACUUUUUUUCUACUGGGCUAGCAUCUUUCCACCUCUGAUGUUAAGCAACCAACAUUUUAGAACCUGUCUAGUUUAGCCACUCUCACAUUUAUUAUUUGAGAAUUAGGCAGUGCUUACUGAAACGAUCUUGCAGAUCUGCCUCUCCUUACCUUUCCUCACCUGCUGCCAGCUUUGUCAUGUUUUUUGGUUUUAAUUAUGAUUAAUUUAGAAAAUGUUAAUCCUCUUCCAGAUAGUUGAGAGAUGACUAAUUGGUUUAAACUUCAAAAGGGAGACUAUCCACAAUUUGAAACAAAGGCAAAAGUUUAGUUUAUUUGACAUAAGGCAAAAGUUCUGCAGACCUCCAUUGCUUUAGGACAACUUAGAAACUUCUUUUUAGACUUUGCUACAAAAAAUAAAAAUGAAAUUGAGGAGACCUAC